GCCGUGACAACAGUACACAAAUGGAACGGCCCGCUUGAAGAGCGAAGCUGUUUUGCGGUCCGAGUUCUCUCUGACCACUUGUCCUGUGUUUGAACAUCGUUACCAGACGCCAAAUUAAACACUGAGCCAGUGCAGUGCCAGAUGCCAGAGGAAACCUCAGAGAUGUCGUCACCACCACCCAUCUCAGGAACUGAAAGUACUGCCAAAUCUCAUAAAAAAGACAUGAGGAGAAGGAGUGGGGAGACACGACAAAACCCAUUCAAAGUGCCAGACAGUAAUAGUAUUUUUCUACUGAGUGCAAAUGAAAAAGGGGACCAUAAAGAGGAGAUGCGUAAAUUCCUGGCUUUGCCAAUUGAUGAGAAAACAACCCACACUACACAGAUGAUGGCCAAGCUGAAGAAAGCGCUGGUGGGAGAACUAGAGGAGGAGGAAGAGGAGGAGGAGGAAAAGGAGAAGAUGAAGAAACUAAAACAAAUCAAGAGUAAGACAACUUUCCCUAAACAAACACUGGGCAGACAUGAGCUGAAGAUGGCCAUGAUGAAACGAGAAAACUUUACAAAAGACAGCAAACAUGACUUCAUCUCCAUGGAACGGCAGAAGGCAGUGUUGGAGUUAUCUCUGAUGACAAAGAGGUGCGAGAUUUUGAGGAUGGACAAGGCCAUUGCAAAAGAGGAGAGAGAGCUUAAAAAGCUCGAAAAGAUCAUUGAGAGAGACAACCUCAACUUUGAAGAGUUCCUCAGGGAGAACGAGAAGAAGUCUGUGGAGGCCAGAAUAUUUUUUGAACAGGAGGCCAAGUCCAAACAGGAGAAGAGUGCUGAGAUCAAGAGACUGGCAGCUGAAAUGGGCACAAUAAAAAGUGAACUUGCCAAGUUUGAAGAAAUCCUGGUAGACUACAAGAGAUACAAGAAGCUUCUGUUCAAGCUGUCUCCUCCGGAGUGGCAGGAGGCCCAGAAGGCUAGGGCUUUGAAAGCUAAGGUCCAGUCUGACAAAGACAGAAAGGACAAGCAAAAAAGGGAGCCUAAGGAGUCAGCAAUUAGGAACGGUUUGGAGAACAUGGAGUCCAGUCCAGGUACAGAGCUGCCUCCCAUCAGUGAGACCAGGCUGUCCUCAGCCCACAGCGACACACUGAUCACAGAUGCUAAACUAGAUAGUGACAGCUCUGAGUAUGAGGAUGAGCCAGAACUGUACUUUUCUGAUCCCCAGCAGCUUCUAGAUCUGGUGACUGAGCUGACAGAGCAGAACUUGUCCCUGAUUCAGAACUCUACAAGGGUGGAAGAGACAGUGGAGGAGCUCCGACAGUCCAUGGAGACAACCAGAAAGAAGAUUGAAAAGGAUGAAGAGCAGCUAACACUACAGAUAAAUGACAUGAAACAGAGAAUCGACAAAGAGAGGGCAAGAGGCAACAAGCUCAAACGGAAGGUUCAGCUCCAUGUGUCAUUGAACAAAGAAGACCAGGAUGUGAUGCUCGAUGCUCUGGGUGAGAAGGUGGCAGAGGUGCAUCGCAGCUGCGUGGAUGACAGGAUGACCAACCUCAGCACCUUGGAGAAGCUUGCCAGUAUUGAGAACCAUAUGUCUUUACUGCUGCAGGGCCUUGAGAGCAUCCCUGAAGAAAGCUUGGAGAUGAUGAAGAAGAUAAAGGACAGCGAGAGGAGGAGCAGGGAGCGUGAAAAUAAGUUGAGAGAGCAGAGAGAGAAACAGAAAGAAAGGAUGAGGAGGUAUUUGGAGAGAUCCCUGGCUGACUCCAAGAAAAUGGGUGGGAGAAAGCUCACGCCCAGAUGCAUGCCUGUUGCCCAGAAAGUCAAGGUCAGCAGUGUGGACAACAUCGCCGCAGAGGACGAGCUCCAUGCCUACCUCUUCGCCUCUGAGGACAAAGACUAAAAAAGAAAAUUAUAUACACAAAAUUAAGUUUUAAAAAAAUGCAUUCAUGCCUCCGACACAACAGUUGAGGAGUGAAAAUGUUAUUGGACAUUUAGUACACAACAAUCUUGACAUAAAGUACAAUAAAGCGGUCUGAUGCUGUGAAUAACUGAGUGCUCGGUUCUAGUGGUGGAAUCUAACUAAAUACAUUUACCCAAGUACUGUACUUAAGUACAAUUUUAAGAUACUUUACUCAAGUAUAUCUAUUUUAUGCUACUUUAUACUUCUACUCCACUACAAAGCAAACUAUUAUACUUUUUACUCCACUAUGAUUAUCUGACAGCUUUAGUUACUGUUUACUUUUCAGAUUAAAAUUUGACAUUAAAGUGACUGAUGUGGACAGACACCAGCCUCAUUAAGAAACAUAUGCUUUGGAACUGCCGAAAACUUUUUUUAAUACUGGACUAAAAUCUUCCAAUCUGUCCGAGGUCAUAUAGAAACCACUCAGGCCAGAUCCCAUUCUAGUUGUUCUGUGUGAAAGCUUCUGAUAUAGUUGUCAAACAAACAAUAUAAUUUGAUUUCUUUAGUAACACUGUUAGCACAUAGACUGAUUCUAUUAAACUGGAGAAUAACCCACCAACCCACUCAGCUCUGUUAAAAGAUGUGAUGUGAUGCCUCCAGCUAGAAAAAAUUACAUUUGCACUAAUGGGGAAUAUAAAAAAAGUUUUAUUUGAUAUGAUAAGCUCAUGAUCUGUUGUUGAUAAUACAGCAAAGACAUCCUAUGAUAUUUGUCUUUUCGUCUUUUGUUUUAUUGCCUGUGAAAUUAAUAUUAGUUGUUAGAGUUGUUAGUACGUCUAAACUUCUCACAUGGUUUUGUUUUAAGAACUGUUCAAAUUAUCCGAUAUUUCACAAAAAAUAAACAAAAACUCCAAAAAAAACUGAAAACAAAUUUGUGAAUCGGAACUUUAUUUUUUCCUCCUUUCUCUCCCAUGAAUCAUCUCAUGACCCCUCAGAUUUAUCUGAGGGAGUUUGGGAUCCAUUGGACUAAAGUAGUUAAAACCUCAAAUAGCUACAACAGCUGCUUACACGUUGAUCCAUCUGUAUUAAUGUCAUUUAUUGUAACAUAUCAUUUACAGGGGCAAAUUUUCUGCAAAAUGUUAUUUAUUUUUAAUACUUGAAGUGAAUUUUGCUGUUGAUACUUUUCUUUCUUUACUUUUUUAAAUUGUUGUAUCGGUACUUUUACUUAAGUAGAGGAUCUGAGUACUUCUUCUACAACUGUCCGGCUGUGUAACUGUUGAAUAUUAAAACUUUAAAUGGUUGCUGCCCAAAACUAUCAGGAAAUGUAUUUUAUCCCCAUAAA